GAUUUCACUCUUCCUUCCCAACAGUGCGGUUUGUUUAUAAAUAAAAUGAUACACAGAGUAUCAUGCUUUUGAACUGAAUCGAAUGCUUUAAAUAUUCAAAGAUUAAUUUUAUUUUUUAAUAUCUAGUGUUUUUAUAAACCUACAAAGAAGACGACAAAUAUAGAAACAAAUGGAUUCGUAUAUUUCGCAGCUUCGUCGGAUGUGGAGCAAUGAGGAUGGAGAUACCUUAGCGGAUCUUUUAUCGUUGCGUCACAACCACAUUAACAUUCCCCAAAUAAGCUCGGAAUUGGCAAUACAUAAGGCAACGGACAAUUUAAAUGUUCCGUUCGAUGAUCUUGUAGUUUGUCAUUUAAGAACACUAGCUUCAGUAAGCAAAGAUGAUCCAUUGUUAACGUACAAUAAUCAGAGUUUAGCAGUUCAGUCAUUAACGAAAAUUUUACAAUUACAAAAAGAAGAGAAUUGGAUGCUGCCUGUGAUGAAUAUGAUGUGCCUUGAAUUGAGAUUACUCGCUGUGCGAGCUGAAAAUUCCAAGCUUAACAAAUCUCAAAAACCUGGCGAAGUUCUGGAAAAAUGUGCAGAAUGUUUAAUGGGUUGCUUUCGGGUUUGUGCGGCGGACAAUCGAAGCUCUGAGGAGGAUACAAAGCGAUGGGGAAUGUUGGCACUUGUGAACCAGCUGUUAAAGGUUUACUUUAAAAUUAAUAAGUUACAUCUUUGUAAACCUUUGAUAAGGGCAAUUGAAUCCUCAGCUUAUAAAGAUCAUUUUGCACUGGCGCAACAAAUUACUUACAAGUUCUUCGUUGGACGUACUGCCAUGUUCGAUAGUGAUUAUAAAACUGCUGACGAAUAUUUAACGUAUGCCUUUGAGCAUUGCCACAAGCAAUCCAUCAAGAAUAAAAGAUUAAUCCUCACUUAUUUGGUGCCGGUGAAAAUGUUAUUGGGACACAUGCCUAAAAAAUUUGUCUUGGAGAAGUAUAAUUUACUCCAAUUUUGGGAAUUGAUGGAGGCCGUGAAAAAGGGAAAUUUACGCAGUUUAGAAGAAGUUAUGAAUAAGCAUGAGUCAUUUUUCAUUGAAGCUGGAAUUUAUUUGAUUGUCGAGAAACUGAAAAUAAUAGCCUACAGAAAUUUAUUCAAGAAAGUAUAUUUAGUAUUGAAUACUCAUCAAAUACCCAUUCAAAGUCUACUCACUGCUCUCGAAAUGUAUGGAGUCGAAAAUAUUGACAUGGACGAGACAGAAUGUCUCGUUGCUAAUUUAAUCAAUGAAAAGAAAAUCAAAGGCUACAUCUCCCAUCAGCAUAAAAAGUUGGUUAUUUCAAAACAAAAUCCAUUUCCUCAACUAUCUUCUAUUUCUUAAUGAAAAUAUUGCAUUUUUCAUAAGGAAUAAAUGUUAGGCUGCAUUUGUAUAUAUAAGAAGACAUGUUUUGUAUUUUACAAUAAAAAAUGAUUCUGUUUAAUUUAAUCAAACAGUAAAUUAA